AUGAAACUGUGGGACGCCCCCCGUACUUCCUUUCCAUACUCGUUCGACGAAGUAGUCAGUGCAUUCUGGGACAGGUGAACGUGCCGAAUGAUAAUAUAGGCUGACUCUCUGAAAUUGCAGGUAUCCAAACUCGCACGCGAAGCACAUCAUCUCGGAAGAUGUACUGGAACGAAAGAUUACUGACAACACAAUUGUCACCAAAAAGUUGAUUGUCAAACAAGGUGAGUUAAUUCGCAUGCUCCUUUCACUUCAUAAACGGAUGUUCAGGCAGUUCAAUUCUGAAGAGAGUCCCUCGUUGGAUUUCGCGAAUGACUGACAUCCGAGUGGUCCCGGUCAUUGAGGAGAGCGUGUACGAUCGUGUCUCGAAGCGACUGGUCACUUACACCCGUAACGUCUCCCAUCUGUCGCUUUUCGAGCUUCACGAAAGAUGCAUUUACAGGCAGCCAGAAGUGAGUUUCUAUGUCCGUCCUCUUUCGACGUUUUUCAAGUUCAGGAUCAACACCAUACUCCUGCUCUCCUCACGGACGUUCUUCGCAGUGUGACAGUUUCUAUCGACUGUGGACGAAUGAGCUCAGUCUACGAGAAAGUACUCAUGAUGGGGUUCAAGAAGUCUAUCAAUAACACGACAAAAGGAAUGUUUGAGAAGCUAGAAGAGAAGUUUGGAGUGAAGCAUUUGGCCAAUGAGAAGAUGAAAAUGAUAAAGGAGAAGAUCAUCAAAUCGUCCUCAAACCUCGUUACUCAUGUCAAAUGCGAGGAAGAUAGUGAUUGA